AACAACGUCCUCUGUCUCCAAACAUAAUCUCUCACUAGAUCUCCCCUGCCCUCAAAUCUAGGCCCAAAUUCAAGUUCUGGUCGCUGCCCAGUCAUCUACGGUCAAAACUCAAAACCCAAAAGAAAGGAUUGGACCUUGGGAAACGGUGGGCUUUGGCAAUUAGGGAGUUGCCCGGUUCUUAUUAACAUCCCGUCCCUCCUUCCUAAUUCCCGGGCGUGGCGAAGGGGCGGUGGCUCUGGGGCUUCAAAACCCCUCUCCUUGGGUUAAUCCAAUUCAACGUCAGGGAGCUGGGGGGCGGACCCCAGGGGUUCAGAAGACUGGAGACAACGAAGGCAAGAGAACAAAAGAGGGUGACAGUAGACUGGAAAGAAAGGAGAAAUUUUGCCUAGGAAAUAAAUCCGAAGAAGAAGAGGAGGGGAGGAAGAAAGAAAACUAGGGGUGUUUUCUAAUCUUAUUCUCUUGAUUACUCCCCCCCCUCUGGGAGGUAUCAGAAGCUUUAUAUAUUUGUUGCUGCAAGUGAAUGUACAAAUGGAUGACAGCGGCCAGAGGGAGAAUGGGAGGCACAAGACAGAUCAAUACAAACAAGUUCACGCACAGUGGAUGAUGCCUCAACAUCAACUGAAGGAAAACCAAACCAUAAAGUUCAUGGCCAUCAUGGCUGAGCGUGACAAUGCUAUCCAAGAACGCAACAUAGCUCUUGCUGAGAAGAAAGCUGCUUUGGCUGAACGUGACAUGGCAAUCCUCCAACGUGACGCUGCAAUUACUGAGCGGAACAGUGCCAUCAUGGAACGAGACAAUGCUAUUGCAGCGCUUCAGUAUGCUCGUGAAAAUGGAAUGAAUGCUAAUGGUGCACCUGCAUGCCCUCCUGGGUGUGCCGCUUCUCGUGGGUCAAAACACAUUCACCAUCACCAGCAGCAGCACCUUCAGCACAUUCACCCCUCACCAGCACAACCAUCAGAUGCUCCCUACAACCACGCAAGAGAGAUGCAUAUAACUGAAGCAUUUCCCAUCUCAACAGCUUCAGAGAGUGUUGCAAAGGGCAGAAAGGCUAAACGGCCGAGGAAGGAGACCAAAGUCCAAAACUCUCCAUCCAAGAAGCCUUCAAAGUCCCCAAGGAAGAGUAGAAAAGGUGGAGGUGAAGAUUUGAACAGGCAGGUCACUAUUGCAAAACCGGCCAGUGAGUGGAGGGGCGAGGUCGGUGGGGACGAUUUAAACAAGCGGGUAUCUCUGACAAAGCAUCAAGAGUGGAAGGGUCAGGAUCUGGGUCUGAACCAGGUCACUUUUGAUGAAGCAACAAUGCCUACACCUGUCUGCUCGUGCACAGGAAAAUACCAGCAGUGUUACAAGUGGGGGAAUGGAGGGUGGCAGUCUGCUUGCUGCACCACAACACUGUCUAUGUACCCACUGCCAGUGAUGCCCAACAAGCGGCACACUCGCAUGGGAGGGCGCAAGAUGAGCGGCGGUGCAUUCAGAAAGCUUCUCAGCCGGCUGGCAGCAGAGGGCCAUGAUUUGUUACAGCCUGUAGACCUUAAGGACCACUGGGCUAAGCAUGGUACAAACCGCUACAUCACAAUUAAGUGAGGCAAAAUACUGUCAUGAGUCUUAGAAUUAGUGUCGGGAAGGACCGAUUUUUUCAUGAUUGACCCUUUCCUUCCCUGCUGGAUCUUUUUUGUUCACCUGGAGGAAUAUGGUGUCUCUUGAGAAGCAUAGGAUUAGCAUCUAGUGAACAAGGGGGUAAUGUUCUAAUGUUAGGUGGUUGGUUGCUCUUCUCAUUAUCUGGGAAGGCUUGGGAGUGGAAUUCGAUUCCUGAAUGCAUACUUUGAGUUAUGUGUAUAUAUUUAAUUUCAUCAGAGAAUGAGCUGGUAUUUGCUUCACUACA